AUGGGGAAAUCGGAAUCGGCGAAAGAUUGCAAGAGGCACCCAAAUCACAGACUCCUGCCCGGAAUUUGCCCUUCUUGUCUCCGAGAAAGUCUUCAACGCUUCAAUAACCAAUCUUCAAUCUAUUCCGAUUCUGUUUCCACCUUCUCUUCUUCUUCCUCUUCCUUUCCUCACUCCUCCGAGUUUUUCUUCUCCGGCGACUCUCCACGGCGGACACGCCACCAUCACAAGAGGAACGCCUCCGAGAUGGUCAUGAGGUCGAGGGCGGCGGAUUUGUUUGGGGAUAAGGUGAAGAUGGGCGGCGAGGGAGGGAAAAAGAAAGGUGGGUUUUGGUCGAGAUUGAUGGGUGGGCGGAAGGCGUUUCAUUUCCAUUCCCAACCCAAAGUUUGUUGUAGGGAAAUUAUGGGUUAG